GAGCAGGCUGAAGCAGGCCAGGGCCCUUCAAGUUUGGAACAGGGAAGGCAGCGUUCAGUCAGUUGGUCUGGACUCUUUGUCAAGAGAAUUGUCCUUAAACAGCUCUGAGACCAAAGACAAUAGAAGAUCUUCAUUAUGACCUGUGAAAAUCUGCUGCUGCUUCUCCUGGUGUCCCAUUUUCCCUGCGGCACAAUGAUGACUAAAUGCCCAUUGAGUGUGCAGAAAGAGGAAGAACACAUAUUUAAUUACUACAAGCCAGGAGACUUCCUGAUUGGUGCAAUCAUAUCUACAACUAGCACUAUAUUUCAACCAUACGUUUUCUUUAAACCUCCAAACAAUAGAUUUCAAAGUAUAUCCAGUAUGAGCUUCUGGCACGUCCUGCCCUUCUUCUUUGCCAUUCAUGAGAUCAACCAGAAUCCAAAGCUGUUACCAAACAUCACCCUGGGCUACAGCAUUUAUGAGAACUUUUUCAAUGCAAGAAUAACUUGCGAUGUCAUGAUGGACUUGCUUUCUGCAGGGCAGAUCAACUAUGCGGUCAUCAGCCACAUUCCAGAGCAGAAACACCAUUUCCCUUUUUUCUACCGAGUGAGUCCAAAACAAGAACCUCCUCACUUGGCAAUUGUCAAGUUGCUCCUGCAUUUCCGAUGGACGUGGAUCGGCCUCAUUGCUCCAGACAAUGAAAGCGGAGAAAAGUUCAGAAGAACCUUUGUGCCAGAAGCCGUAAGGAAAGAAGACCCCCUUUUCUAGAUGUACUAAAAAUUGCCUCCCAGGAUAUACCAAGCUCACAAGAGAAGGAGAACCAGUGUGCUGCUAUGACUGCUCUCCAUGUAUGGAAGGAACAAUCUCCACACAGGAAGAUGUGUCCCAAUGUGAAAAGUGUCCAGAUGAACAACAUUCCAACCAGAAGCAAGAUCAGUGUGUCCCCAAAAUUGAGACUUUCCUGUCCUACAAAAAAAUGUUAGGUCUCAUUCUGGCUAUCAUUGCCUUUUUUUUGUCUCUAAACACUGCCUUAGUUCUAGGAAUCUUCAUUAAAUAUCGAGAAACCCCCAUAGCCAAAGCUAACAAUCGGGAUCUCACCUACAUUCUCCUGGUCUCUCUCUUGCUUUCCUUCUUGACCUCUCUUCUAUUCAUUGGUCGGCCCAAGAAAGUGACCUGCCUUUUUCAACAAAUCACCUUCAGCGUGGUUUUCUCAGUUGCUGUCUCUUCCUUGCUGGCCAAGACUAUCAUGGUGGUGGUGGCAUUUUUGGCCACAAAGCCAGGCAGCAGGAUGAGGAAAUGGUUGGGGAAAAGUCUGGCCAACUCCAUUGUCUUGUCCUGCUCUGGAGUUCAGGUGGGCCUCUGCCUUAUAUGGCUGAGAAUCUCUCCCCCAUUUCCACAUUCUGACCUGCAUUCUGAACCAAGACAGAUACUCCUGCAAUGUAAUGAAGGCUCAAUCACCAUGUUCUACACUGCCCUUGGUUACAUGGGCUUUCUGGCCACCAUCUGCUUUUUGGUGGCUUUUCUGGCCCGCAAGCUUCCAGGGACUUUCAAUGAAGCCAAGUGGAUCACCUUCAGCAUGCUGGUUUUCUGCAGUGUUUGGAUCUCCUUCAUCCCCACCUACCUGAGCACUAAAGGGAAAUACAUGGUGGCUGUGCAAAUCUUCUCUAUCCUGGCUUCCAGCCUGGGUUUACUGGGCUGUAUUUUUGUCCCCAAAUGUUACAUCAUUAUUUUGAGACCUGAUAUAAACACUAAGGAGAAUCUAAUGAUGAAAAAUAAUGUGGGUUCUUGAUUUUGAAAGUUAUUUGUUACCCAAGUUAUUGUUAAGAUAAAUAGGAUAGUUGGAAAUAAAAUCUUUAUGUGUUCUAAGAACUCUCUCUUUCUCUCACAUAAAGUCUCAAUUAUUAUUGAUAUAAUAAGCUAUAUUAGAGAUGUGUAAGAGGUCAGAUAAUCUUUACAGACCCUGCUCAAGCAACACUUCUGUGCUAUGUCCUGG